CGUGGACAUCUAACCAUUUGAUAUUGCUUUUUUUAUCGAAUUGCGACAACUUGUCCUCUUUUUAAUACCUCGUUUUUAAGUUGAUAAAAUGGCGGAGUCACUGGGUUGAAAAAUACAUUCUCUGCUAGAUAAGGCUGAUUUAUCUGUCUUACAAACGUGACUGACUUUGACCCGGGUAAAGGAUAACAUCUACGGGAUGGCAAAGAUGGCCAGCACUGAUAUACCUCCCGAGUGUGGCACGGAUAUUAGAAAGGAAUUUAUGCUACGUGAAAACUGCGUGUACCUAAACCAUGGUUCAUACGGAGGUAUUCCAAGAUGUGUACAUGAAAAACAAGUCAGAUAUCUAGAAGAACUCGAGAGUCAUCCUGAUAGCUGGUUCCGGUAUAAAUCGUUCGAAUAUGUGCGCAAGUCUAAAGCAAAGGUAGCCGAGUUCAUGGGUAUCCAAGCAGACGACACGUUCUUUAUCCAAAAUGUUACUAAAGCAAUUAAUACUGUGAUGAAAACGUUUCCUCUAAAACCUGAAGACGCUUUCUUGAUGAAUUCGUUGACGUACGGAGCUGUUAAAUUGACGGCGCGUUCCACUGUCAAUAGAAUAGAAGGAACAAAACUAUACCAAGUUGACAUAGAUUUCCCUGAUACCGAUGAAAAUUCUGUGGUACAGAAGUAUGAGGAAUUCCUAGCUAUACACCCGGAUGUUAAACUUGCCGCACUAGAUCACAUAACUAGCCCCACCUCUGUUGUUCUGCCAAUCAAACGUAUCAUAGAGGUGUGUCACAAACACGAAGUUGUUGUUGUCGUGGACGCCGCUCAUGUCCCUGGUCAACUGCAAGUUGAUAUACAAGACAUUGAUGCCGAUUUCUAUUGCGGUACGAUGCACAAAUGGGCGUUUAGUCCGCGAGCGUGUGCCUUCAUAUGGAUGAACCCAAAACGCCACCAUGCCUGGUUCAGACCCCUCAUUACAUCAAAAUUUGAAAACGAGGCUCUUCAGGAUGCUUUUUCAUUUGAAGGCACUAAUGACGACACGCCCUUCAUAUGUUCUGCUGAUGGAAUCGAAUACAUGAAUCGGAUCGGUGGAAUGGACAAAGUAGUGCAAUAUAAUUCCAUGCUGGUUAGUAAAGGAGUCGAGUACCUUGUAGAAAAGUGGGGGACCAAACGUCUGUCGAUUCCAAAGAACAUGGAAGCACCCUGCCUACGAAUAAUUUAUCUGCCAUAUAUACCCGGAUUCUCUGACCGUUUGGAGGUAGAUGUAACUGGCGUGCUUAAAAGUAAGAUUAGCGGCGAGCUUCAGAAGUUGAUACUGGAUGAAUUUGAUAUUCAGAUUCAGGUCGCAGUAACAGAAGGUCAGCUGGUUACCAGGGUAGCAGCACAGGUCUACAACACCAUGGAGGAUUUUAUCAAACUUGGGGAAGCAGUGACGUCACUAACUAAAUCAAAACUUAAGUCACAAUGUUAAGUUGGAAACAAUACGGUUAAAAUAUAGCGGGAAAAUUGUAUAAGUAAAUUCGUGAUAGCAGUGUCAAAUAUUCUUUAAAAAAUCACCAACUGAUUAAAUAUCUUAGACUUUUUUAUGAAUUUCGAUAUUUUAGGUUUAACAUAUGUUUUAGAAGAAUGCCAACUUCAUACCUGACUGCACUAGGAAGGAUGUACUACCAAAUACAUGCCUAUAUCUAAACAUUUCUAUGCUAUUACGCACUCGCCUUUAUUCGAACACUUAUCUUCUAAACUUAUCUGACAAACUGUCCGGUUAGCUCAUUACGUAGAGUGUUGGACAGUGAAUAGGGCGACCUGGGUUCGAUGCCCGGACGGUGCCAUUCACUUUUUUUGUGAUUUAUUAUGGAGUAUCUGAAUUCAGAUGUAAACAGUAACAGAUAGUGUAAUCUUAGAUAAUGUAAAACGAAUGUACAUUUGUAUAUAUAUUUGACAUCCAAAGGACAAUAAAUUCUGUAUCGGUACACGUAUGAUUGAAAAUAUGUCUUACAACCAUUUUUAAUUUAAAAAUGCCCACUGAUGUACAAUUUUAAACAUUGACUCAUUGUCAACAGGCUGGCAUUUUGAAAAAGGGAACCACCAUUAUUUGGCUAAACUAUCAUACAAAAUUCGUCUGUGAAAAACUGAAAUGAAUGCGUUUGCAUGUCGACUUAUCAGUUAUCAAGCCAGUUCGAAAAGUGAGAUAAUUUAUUGUAGCAGCAACACCUUUUUAUAUGUACAUAAUUAUUUAGUAUUAUUAAAGUGAAUUGUUAUAGAUCACCUUUUGGCAUAUAAUAACACAUGAAUGG